CAAGAUUUGGAAACUAACCCAAGCACUGCACUUCAAAUGUACAGUCACAUUUCUUGAGCAAAUGAAAACAGCGGGUUCUUGUAAUCCUGUGGAAGCCUAUCCAAACAGCUCAAUAAGCGAUACCUCACUGAAGGAGGGACUUCUCAGCGCCUGCGUAGGUGAGUGAGUAAGUGCAUACUUCACAGUUACUUAGAGCCUGGGACUACACUUCCACUUAUUCCUCCGGAUUUUCAAACUGGUAUUUGCAAGAAGGAAAACAAUCACGCGGACCUCGCGCGCACUUGAUCCGCUCCAGACGCCAUGAAGAGUCCCGUGUACUGGGUCGUCGUGGCUGGGAUAUCCAUCGCUUUGAUUCAACAAGGUCUGCCUGUCCGCAGUCAGGGAGAAUCCCAAUCCGAUAACAAACAGAUGGACAAUAUCACCAUCAGACAAGGAGAGACCCUCUUCCUCAGUUGCUCACAAGGGGACUUUGUGACACACACAGCGUGGCUGAACAGAUCAAGUAUUCUGUAUGCCGGAGAGGAUAAGUGGUCCGUGGACCCCCGGGUGAGUUUGGUUACUCUAAACCAGGAUGAGUUCACCAUCAAAAUUGAGGAUGUGGACUUGACGGAUGAGGGCCAAUACAUUUGUGCGGUGCAGACCAGCAGUAGACCCCGAACCACAUCUGUGCACAUCAUCGUUCAAGUUCCUCCAAAGAUCCUGAACCUGUCAAAGGACCUUGUGGUGAAUGAAGGCUCCAACGUGAUGUUAAUGUGCCUGGCUAAUGGAAAACCAGAACCUGCCAUCGGCUGGAGGAUGUUAUCACCUUCAGAUGACAGCCUAAGCUCAGACAGUGAGAUUCUGGAGAUUCCCUUCAUCAGCAGAUAUAGAGCAGGAGUGUACGAAUGCACCGCAGCCAACGAAAUUGCAGUGGACACACAGACUGUUGAACUCACAGUCAACUACCCUCCCAGUGUUUCAGAUGGCAGAGAUGUUGGUGUGACCCUGGGUCAGAGAGGUGUCCUGGAGUGUGAGGCAGAUGCUGUACCCGAGGCAGAUUUUGAGUGGUACAGAGAUGACAGGAGGAUCUUCAAUGGCUUUGAUGGCAUUGAGAUCGAGGAUGCCGGAGGUUUUUCAAAGCUGACUUUCUUCAACGUGUCCGAGGCAGACUAUGGCAAUUACACCUGCGUCGCUAUCAACAAACUUGGGAGCGCUAACACAAGUAUCAUCCUAUACCAAAUAAUCGAACCCACUAGUUCGACGCUAUUGCAAGUGGAGACGGCUUCAGUUUUCGAACUGACUUCAUCAGAUUUAGAGCAAACAGCCGUUGAAAACAAUGAUUUGUUGGAAGGACCCGGAGCAGUUCAGGAUGGCAACAGCGGAACGUCAACGGUCUUUACACCCACCUGUCUACUUCUCAUCAUACUUCUACAACUCUUGCUCAAGUUUUGAUGCCAAUGAAGAUGCUUUCAGUGGAUAAAAAUUACAGUUUGUGUGACAUCACUCUCAUUCCGGAGUCACAAAUUGUGCAUGGGUCACCGAAAAUGCCCCAAAGUGUGCAUGGGGUUACCCAAGUACUUAUUUUUAAUAAAGUAAUCAUGCAUUUCUUUUGUUUAUAAUAUAGUUUAAUAAUGUAACUCAUCUUACAUUGCUAAUUAUUUUUAUUUUUUUGCCCCACUGAAUGCAGUUUUUGAAUCCAUAAAAUGCAAAUGACAGAGGCAUGUUUCAUUUUAAAUAUUUAUUUUUGCGACUCUUUUUAAUUUAACUCUGUAACCCCUUAAGAAUUCCUAUAAAAUACAGUGUGAUUGGGGAGUAAAUAUUUCAAGUCAAAGGCAUGCGAUAUGGAAAGGCAUAUGUCUCCGUCUUUAUUUUUCUUUUUUUGGAUUGUUUUUAUAUACUUGACUGUAUCAUUACUGUACAGCUGAUCAAAAUAAGCAGCACAAAAGACACAAACAUGUUUUAGCUCUGUAAUAUUCACAUCAUGUUUUGUUUUGUUUUUGAGUGCAUCUAAUUUGCAUUUUACCAUUUAACACACACAAAACAAUGCGGUACAUAUCAGUUUUUUUUAAUAUAUUUUUAUAUUAUUUUGAUGACUAGAAUGGCACAGUUGGACUAUGCAGCAUAAAAAAGCUCUAUAAAAUGGAUUUAUUUGCACCACAAAGUAAUAAAUCAGAUGGUGGUAUAAUUUUAUGAAUUGACAAUGUGUGAGUCAAAGUUGGAAAAAGAUGCAUUUGGAGAUUUGUUCUUUAAUGCUAAAAUAUUGGAUCCAAAUUUAAAAGCCUGAAGAGCAAUCUGUUAACAUCUGUUUAAUUUUUAUUUUUGUUGCUACAGUAGUUUUUCCAAAUGUGUCUCCAAAUCUGUUGAUUCUGUCCAGAUUUAGAUUUACAUAAACCAAACCGGGCGCUUCAAAUGUUCUUUAUUUAAACACUCUCAUCGCCGUUCCUGCUAACAUCUCUGUAUGUAUAUGCAUAUAUAUAACUUGUACAAAGGGAAAAUAUGCACACUUGUUUUUACUAAAAUUGUGAACCUGUUUAAUACAAUGCAACAUUUUCUAUUUUUUGUUAUUUCCAUUUUCUGAAGCUAUGUAAUUUAUUUCUCAAAUGGUAUUAUGGUAGAUACCAGCGCAUUGCAGUUACUCAUUGUGAGCUCUGAUGUCUAAAUAUUGUGCUUUCGGAAAAAGCUGAUAAGACUCAUUUGCCCAUCAUCAUCUCAUCAAGAGAAAAUGUAAUGUUAUCCUUCGUAUUCUGGAAAAAAAAGUGAGAUUUGAUUAGAAGUUCAGUUUCUGAAUCUUCCCAUCACAGUAUUAAGGUGCAGUUUGGACCUCAAAUCCAUAUUACAAUUUGUUUUCUGUUUUAUUGCAACAUUUGACAGGAUGUAAGCCUUAUGUUUCCCCCUUUUUUCAUUUGAAGGAAUAGUUCUGCUAAAAAUGAAAACGGUCAUCAUUUAUUCACCCGCAUGCUUUUCCAAAGAAUAAACAUAACACACAAUUCUGAGAACAGAAACAAGUAUUCCUUGAAGAUUUCAGUUAUUCUGCUAAACUAUCAGGCCUCAGAUGACUUGAAAUGUAAUGCAAAAGUCAUGCUGACCACUUUUAUGGUGUUUUCUUGUCAUUUCUGUUGCUCAACAGCAUCUGUCACUUAACUAUUGAGACAUUUGCCAGUUCAUAAUUUGUGAUUUAUGAAAGAAAAAAACAUGCAGGUUUAGAAAAUACUUGAGGGUGAGUAAAUGAUGGCAGUUUUGUAUGAACAAUCCCUUUAAAUGCAUGUUUUUAAAAUCACAUAUCAGACAGAAAUGAAUCUACCAUUAGUCCAGUGGAUUUUAAGCACAAGUUGUAUGUUCAUGAAAGGGAAUGUGAUGUAUGUGCAGUGUGCAGUUCUUGCCCCAAAGUUGUACUGUUUAGCAUAAUGGCAUUACUUUUUAUCUUUUAGUUUUUUCUUUAAGACUUGGGGACCACAAUCGGACUAAGAACAAUUCACACAUUUCAUGAAUAGGCAGGUCCGUGAGAAUAAAAUGGUCACGACAGUCAGAAAUCCUCCACGGUUAUGGCAGUACUUUAAUUUAAAAUCACGAAUUUCAAAAGCAUCUCCUGAUAAUUAAUGUCUGUGUGGAAAAGGUUUUGAAACAAAGCUGAUCAAAGAGAGAGCGAUCAAUCAAUGCACCGUAUUAACAGAAACACAAGGCUUGUCUGUUCAUGGCUGUAAUUCAAUUCACACUUCCAACUUGGGAUCCCACCACCCAACCUUUAAAAGAUCCAGCCUGGAGAAGUUCAUUUUGUUCCACUGAUCUCUGGUGGUUCCCUGGAGAAGUAUUUUAACUCCUUGUAUUGUAAAGAAUUUGUUUUUCCUUUAAUGGAGAUGGUGUGUUCAUAUUUAAGACUUACAAUAAUAAAAUGUUGUAUCUAAA